UGAAACCACGUAAACGAAGCUGACAGGCAGACCGCUUUCCUGUGGGUGCACUUUCUGAUAAUCAUUUUGAAAAGGGAAAUAAGUAAACAGUGGCAGACAUAUCACAGCAAAAACAUUUUUAACCUCACUGCAGCAGCUUCUGACGAAGUGCCAAGCUGAAGCAAAGACAAAUUUCUCAGACAAUCUACAAUGCAUACCAGGGGAUUGCGCCAAACUGUAGUCAUUUUUCUGCUUUUUGGGAGUAUCUUUGUCUCAAGCAGCUCAUAUCUCCGGCCAAGCAGAGUUACCACAAACUGCUGCAAGAAAGUAUCUGCGAGGAAAAUCCCCUAUAACAUCACACAUUACAGGUUACAGAAUGCUCUUGCACCAUGUGUGGAGGCUGUAAUUUUCUACACAGUAGAGAAAGGAGCCAUCUGUUCUAAUCCUGCUGCACGCUGGGUCACAAUGAAGAUCAGGGAGCUGCAAAAUGCAAUGGAGACCGGCAGUGCCUAAAAAUGAGAAAGGAUGAAAAGAAACCCCCAACAUCUUUCGCUUAUGCAAACGUCUGCAUUUUGCUGCAUUGCUUUACACCAAAUCAUUUAUAUUUUUCAGGAAUUCAAAGGAUCUCAAAUUUUCUUUUCAUUAUAAUGGCCAAGUAAAAAUUGUGCGAAAUGUUAUUAUUAAUUGAACUUCUGAAACCCAUGAUUGUCAAGUAAAAAUGAAUAUCAAGAUGUUUUAAUGCCACCUUGUAAACUGAAAUCUCAAGUCGGUCAUAGUGCUUGACUAUCAGACCACACGGGAAUGAAACUGAUUGCUUGUGGGAUUUUCAGAAUAUAUUAUAAUCCUAUCAUUUUUCAAUGUUUUAAAGUUUCUAUGCUUUGGAAUAUGUUGUAGACAAUGUUUCAAAUCUUAAAGCAAGCAUAUUUGUCUCUAGAAUUAUAUAGAAGUAAAUUUCUUAAUGCUUGAAUGCAAUACUAUAGUACCAGAAGGAUUGUUAGAUCUCAGAUUCCAAAAUAAAAGCUCUGCUCAUAUUUCCAAGUUGCAUACGCAGACAUACAGCCAUUUAUAAAGCAGCUGGUAAAAUAUGUUUGCACUGUUUUGACUUUCUAUUCAUAAAAUAUCUUCAGCAUGUUUUAUACAAUUUGAUAAUAUGCAGCUAUACUAUAUAUGACAGGAUAUCAAUACUGAACCAAUGCUGGUUUUAUAUUAUUCAUAAGAUGAACAUUUGUAAAGCUUAUUAAUCUUCAGUUUGUAUGAAUUAUCUAUUGGGCAAAGUUAUAAAAGAAUAUGAGGUUAAGGUUAUAAACUAAGCUGAGGCACAAUCAGCCAAGAUUUAAUUGAAUGGCGGAGUGGGCUUGAGGGAUUGAAUGUCUGCUCCUGUUCUUUUAUUUUGAGUACGUCAUCCAUCAGAUGGUUGAAAAUACAAAUGGAUUUAGCAAUGUUUAUGAAUGAAUUCAAUUUGGAAAUUUGAUGAAAAAUUAUUAUAAAAUCUUCACUGUUAACGUAGGUUUUGCAUGAUGUGCAACUAUAUUAAAACAAUGUUAAGGCAUUGUCAACAUUAUUAUUUAGAACGUCAUGUAACUCUUGCUGAAUACAUCAUUCAUACAUCUUGAAUUUAUCUUAGAUGCAUUCUUAAGCAUGUUAAGCACCUCGUUUUAUAUUUUCCAAAUUUAUACUUUGUU